AUGUACCAAGAAACUCAGCAGCUUUAUCAGUUGUGGAGACUUGCCAUCCAAGAAAGAGACGAAGCAAGAGAGCAACUGAUGCAUUCACUCGCCGAACUCUCUCAGUUACGGGAACUCCUCAACACUGUACUGUUAUCUAAAGAAAAAAUACGCAGUUACUACCUAGAACCCGCAGAUGAAUCUACCGGUCAUCAAAAUUAUAGUUACGAUCUUUUUCCCGGCGAAUCUCCGUCGAACUUUAGUGUGAAUUCAUGUCCGUUGGAUCUCAGCGUUCUGUCGAAUCAGAUGUGUUUUGUGGUUGAGAAUAUGAGAGAUUACGAAACCGUUGUGCUGGAGAUGAUCGGAGGAGUGCUGCCGGAAAACGGUAAGUUUUUGCAAGCUGUUAGUGAAGCUGGAUCGUUGGUUGAGUCAUUGUUCGUAGCCGGUCCGGUUCCGAAAUGGAUAAAUCCUCCGGUUCUAAGUAAUCAUAUCACUGGAAAUUGGAAUUACGGUGGUUUGGAGUUUGGUUCGGGUUUCCAAAACCGGUGUCACGCUUCAGUUUGA